AUGGAGGAGCAACAACGUCUUCACGCCUACCGCUUCGUCGCCUACUCAGCCGUCACGUUCUCCGUCGUCGCCGUCUUCUCGGUAAGCAUUUCAGCCAUUCCGUCCAUCCAAUCAUGUACCUUUUCUAGCUCUGUAUCACCCUUCCAAUGGUCUACAACUACGUCCAUGGAAUCAAGAGCCAGAUCAACCACGAGAUCUCCUUCUGCAAGCACUCCGCUCGUGACAUCUUCUCCGAGGUGAACCACAUCCGUGCCAACCCGAAGAACGCUUCCCGUUUCGCCCGUCAAGCCGGAUACGGAACCGAUGAGGCCGUCGACCAUGGAUCUGGUGCCGCGCAGGGAGGAUCCUGCUCUGGAUGCUGCCUGCCAGGAGCCGCCGGACCAGCCGGAACUCCAGGAAAGCCAGGACGUCCAGGACGCCCAGGAGCCGCCGGACUCCCAGGAAACCCGGGAAGACCACCAGCACAGCCGUGCGAGCCAAUCACCCCACCACCAUGCAAGCCGUGCCCACAGGGACCACCAGGAGCUCCAGGAGCCCCAGGACCACAGGGAGACGCCGGAGCCCCAGGAGCCCCAGGACAAGGAUCCGGAGCCGGAGCGCCAGGACCAGCAGGACCAAAGGGACCAAGCGGACAGCCAGGAGCACCAGGACAAGCCGGAGCCCCAGGACAGCCAGGAGCCGACGCCCAAUCCGAGUCCACUCCAGGACAGCCAGGAGCCCCAGGACCACAGGGACCACCAGGACCAUCCGGAGCGCCAGGAGCCCCAGGAGGACCAGGACAGCCAGGAGCCCCGGGACCAAAGGGACCAUCUGGAGCACCAGGACAGCCAGGAGCCGACGGAAAUCCGGGAGCGCCAGGACAGCCAGGACAGGCCGGAGGAGCCGGAGAGAAGGGAAUCUGCCCCAAGUACUGCGCCAUCGACGGAGGCGUCUUCUUCGAGGACGGAACCCGCAGAAAGUAA